AUGAAUACUAUAUAUAUGGUCCAUCCAAACAACCACUUGACAAAAUUGGAUAAAUUCACUAUUCCAAAUUUGGAAUCAUACAAAACAGCCCUUGAUUCACAAAUAAAUAAAUUGACAAAUUAUAAUUCCAAAACAUCUGUUGAAGAUCGAUUAUUAAAUUAUAAACAAGUUGAAAAAAACUAUAUUGGUGCUUAUUUGAAUAUCUUGAAACUGUUGGAAGGUGUAGAGAACUGUUGUACUACUGAUGGAUGUUAUGAUUAUGAACAAGAGGACAAUAUCUUGAACAGUAUAGAGAUUGAAAUGAUUGAGUUUAAGAAGAAUGAGUUGAAGUUGAAGGAGUUGAAAAGUAAUGCAACAGAUGUUGUGGAACCUAGAAGGGAGAGUAUUAUCAAGGUGGAGGAAGAUAUGGUUGAAAAUGUUGAAACUCAUAAUGUUGAAGAAGAAACUAAAUCAUAA